GCAUGCAUAACCCCUUUUUCAUGUCUAUAUUGACUGGAGUAUUUGUAAAAUGUUCAUUGUUUUCUUAAUAACACAUUAUAAUAAUAUAAUAUGUUUGUGUUCCAGAAAAUAGAAGAUAAAGAUAGAAACAAAUUCAUAGUAAUUUUUAAUGCGAUUGAUGAUGACAAGGACGGUUUUAUCUCUUCGAGUGAUAUGGAAAGUUUUUUGGAAAAAGGCACAUUUGAUGGAAUGAUAGUGAAGAGAGAAGAAUUCAAGGCGGCAAUUUUGGCCAAAAUAGGAGAAGACGAAGAAAACAAGAUGGACUUGGAUGCAUUCAUCACCUUCUUGUAUGAUGGAAGGAGUUUCGAAGAACAAGAGAAACAUUUGAGAUUUAUAUUCCCUAACAAGACAGAAGUUUCCCGAGAGGAAGUAUGUAAAAGGUACUGGAAAAGUAAUUUCAACCCUGAAGAACUUAAAAAAGCUUACACUAUCGAAGACUUGCAUUAG